AUGGUCAACGACCGGUGGAAGACCGUGGGCACCGCUCCUCAACUUGAGGACCGGCCUCGAGACAAACCUCAGCGGCCGAGCUGCGGCUAUGUGGUGUGCACGGUGCUGCUGUCCCUGGCCGUGCUGCUGGCCGUGGCUGUCACCGGCGCGGUGCUCUUCCUGAACCACGCGCACGCCCCCGGCACAGCGCCCCCGCCCAUUGUCAGCACAGGGCCGGCCGGUGCCAACGGCGCCCUGGUCACCGUGGAGAGAGCCGACAGCUCACGCCUCAGCAUCCUCAUCGACCCGCGCUGCCCCGACCUCACCGACGGCUUCGCCCGCCUGGAGGACACCCAGGCCUCUGUGCUGCAGGCGCUGGCCGCGCACCAGGCCCAGCCCCGGCUGGCGGGCGAGCAGGACAGGGAGCUGCUGGACACGCUGGCCGACCAGCUGCCCCGGCUGCUGGCCCGGGCCUCAGAGCUGCAGACGGAGUGCGCAGGGCUGCGGAAGGGCCACGGCAUGCUGGGUCAGGGGCUCGGCGCCCUGCAGAGCGAGCAGGCCCGCCUCAUCCAGCUUCUGUCGGAGAGCCAGGGCCACAUGGCUCACCUGGUGAACUUGGUCAGCGACGUCCUGGACGCCCUGCACAGAGACCGGGGGCUGGGCCGGCCCCGAGUCAAGGCCGACCUGCAGAGGGCGCCGGCCAGGGGGUCGCGGCCCCGGGGCUGUGCCAACGGCUCUCGGCCCCGCGACUGUCUGGACGUGCUCCUGAGCGGCCGGCAGGAGGACGGGGUGUACUCUGUCUUCCCCACGCACGACCCCGCCGGCUUCCAGGUGUACUGCGACAUGCGCACGGACGGCGGCGGCUGGACGGUGUUUCAGCGGCGGGAGGACGGCUCCGUGAACUUCUUCCGAGGCUGGGAGGCGUACCGGGACGGCUUCGGCAAGCUCACCGGGGAGCACUGGCUAGGGCUCAAGAGGCUCCACGUGCUGACGGCGCAGGCGGCCUACGAGCUGCGCGUGGACCUGGAGGACUUCGACAACGGCACGGCCCACGCCCACUACGGGAGCUUCGGCGUGGGCUUGUUCUCCGUGGACCCCGAGGAGGACGGGUUCCCGCUCACGGUGGCCGAUUACUCGGGCACUGCAGGGGACUCCCUCCUGAAGCACAGCGGCAUGAGGUUCACCACCAAGGACCGCGACAGCGACCACUCCGAGAACAACUGCGCCGCCUUCUACCGCGGCGCCUGGUGGUACCGCAACUGCCACACGUCCAACCUCAACGGGCAGUACCUGCGCGGCGCGCACGCCUCCUACGCCGACGGCGUCGAGUGGUCCUCCUGGACCGGCUGGCAGUACUCGCUCAAGUUCUCCGAGAUGAAGAUCCGGCCGGUGCGUGAGGACCGCUAG